GUUGCCCGGGAAGAGUGUGGAGAAAGGGGGGCUGCUGUUCCAGAAGUAACCCCGAAGGGUGUUUGGUUUCCUUUCUUCCUCAUGGGAGUGUAACCGAAUCCUCACACAAGCCUUCAGAUGCGUUCCUUCCCAUCUCCUCCGUGCUGCGUAAGAAGCCAAUCAGCCUCCAAGUGUUGCUUUAGUUAGCUAACACUUUUCUGCGUACAGCAAGUGCUGUUGGAAGGGGAGAAGCAGCAGAAGAGGACAAACAUGAUUACAACAUCCCAGUUUAGUUGGCUCUGCUGCGUUUGGGGAGAAAAAAACCACAUCAAAGUGAAGCGGACUUUCAGCUGGGUAUCAAAUCUGGCUGAUACUAGAGAAAAAUGCUGAUCCUGAACAAAUGCUAUUGUCUUAUCUGCGAAAGAGACUCCAUCUUACAGGAACUAAGUACGGCUGUGGAGGAGGUGGUUGUGGUGCCUGCACAGUGAUGAUAUCAACUUAUGAGCCAGCUUCGAAGAAGAUACGACAUUAUUCAGCAAAUGCAUGUUUGCUUCCCAUUUGCUCUUUGUAUGGUGCAGCAGUGACCACAGUAGAAGGUGUUGGAAGUACAAAAACCAGGGUUCAUCCAGUUCAGGAAAGGCUUGCCAAGUGCCAUGGCUCCCAGUGUGGUUUCUGCACCCCUGGAAUGGUGAUGUCCAUAUACACUUUGCUAAGAAACCACCCAGAACCAACAUCAGAGCAGAUGAUUGCAGCUCUGGCUGGGAACUUGUGCCGCUGUACUGGAUAUAGGCCAAUCCUAGAUGCCUGUAAAACCUUCUGUAAGGAAUCUGUUUGUUGUCAAAGGAAAGCAAAUGGAAAGUGUUGCCUGGAUCAGGAAGAUGAUUUGUUUGACAAGGAAGAGAAGGUUUCCACCAGACUAUUUUCAACAGAUGAAUUCCAGCCCUUAGAUCCCACCCAGGAGCUUAUAUUUCCUCCAGAACUAAUGAGAAUGGCUGAAAAUCAACCAAAAAGAACUCUGUUUUUUCAUGGGGAGCGAAUGACAUGGAUUUCUCCUGUAAGCUUAGAUGAAUUACUGGAUCUGAAAGCUGCCCACCCCAAAGCACCUCUUGUGGUUGGGAACACCAGCGUGGGACCUGAGAUGAAAUUUAGAGGCGUGUUCCAUCCAAUUGUUAUUGCUCCUGCAAGGAUCCCAGAUCUGAAUGUGGUGAAACGCAUGGAUGACGGAUUAACUCUGGGAGCUGCCUGCAGCCUCUCUCUAGUGAAAGACAUCUUGACAAAUGCAAUCUCAGAGUACCCUGAAGAGAAGACAAAGGUUUUCCGUGCUGUCUUGCAGCAAUUAAGAACUCUGGGUGGAGAACAGAUAAGAAAUGUUGCUUCAUUAGGUGGAAACAUCAUAAGUAGAAAAUCAACCUCAGACUUGAAUCCUAUUCUGGCAGCCAGCAACUGUAUGCUCAAUCUGGCUUCAAGAGGAGGAAAGCGACAGAUUCCUUUGAGUGAUAUUUUUGCAGAUGGAGUUGGUAACAAUACCAUUACACCAGAAGAGAUCUUAGUCUCUGUCUAUAUUCCCCAUUCUAGGAAGGGGGAGUAUGUCUCUGCAUUUCGACAAGCACCAAGACGAGAAAAUGCUCUCCCAAUAACCAAUGCUGGGAUGAGAGUCCUUUUUGAAGAAGGUACAGACUCAAUAAAGGAUUUAAGCAUUUUCUAUGGAGGUGCUGUCUUGACCACAAUCUGUGCAAAACAAACCUGUUGGACACUUAUUGGAAGACACUGGAAUGAACAAAUGUUGGAUGAAGCUUGCCAACUAAUUCUUAAGGAAAUUGCUCUUCCAGGCUCAGCCAGUAGUGAAAAAGUAGACUAUAAGAAAACUUUGGUAGUCAGUUUCUUCUACAGAUUUUUCCUGGAAGUAUUGCAGUCAUUAAGGACAAUGGAUCCUUGCCGCUAUCCUGGCAUACCUAUGGAAUAUAGGAGUGUCCUACAAGAUUUCAAAACCAAAAUUCCCCAGAGUAUCCAGAUAUACCAGGACAUAGAGCCGAGUCAGUCUCCCCAGGAUCCUGUAGGACGGCCCAUUAUGCACCAGUCUGGAAUUAAGCAUGCCACUGGUGAAGCAGUUUACAUUGAUGAUCUUCCUUCUGUGGAUGGUGAGCUCUUCCUGGCUGUCGUCACUAGUUCCAGAGCUCAUGCUAAGAUUGUAUCUAUAGAUACCUCAGAGGCUUUAAAAGGACCAGGUGUGUUUGAUAUCAUAACAGCUCAUGAUGUACCAGCUACAAAUGAGUUUUACUACUCUGAUGGUCCAGAGAUCGUAUUUGCAAGAAACAAGGUGAUUUGUGUGGGUCAGAUUGUCUGUGCUGUGGUUGCAGAUUCAGAUAUUCAUGCCAAACAAGCAGCUGCAAAAGUGAAGAUAGAGUAUGAAGUGCUGGAACCAGUGAUCUUAACAAUUGAGGAAGCUAUAAAGCACAGCUCGUUCUUUGAGCCAAAAAGAAAAUUAGAACACGGAAAUGUUGAUCAGGCAUUUGAAACUGUUGAUAAUAUAAUUGAAGGGGAGAUUCACAUUGGGGGACAGGAACACUUUUACAUGGAGACUCAGAGUGUGCUUGCUGUUCCAAUAGGAGAGGAUAAAGAAAUGGAUGUGUAUGUGUCAACACAGCAUCCAGCAAUUAUUCAGGAGAUGGUAGCUGCAAGUUUAGGUGUUCCAGCCAACAGGAUCAUGUGCCAUGUUAAACGAGUUGGUGGAGCUUUUGGUGGGAAACUCCUGAAAGCUGGCUUACUGGCAUCAGUUGCUGCAGUGGCAGCAAACAAAACCAGCAGAGCAGUCCGUCUUAUUCUGAGCCGAGGGGAUGAUAUGUUAAUCACUGGUGGCCGACAUCCUUUUAUUGGUAAAUAUAAAGUUGGCUUCAUGAAUGAUGGUAGGAUCAGAGCUGUGGAUGCCAAAUAUUACAUUAAUGGAGGAUGCACCCCUGAUGACUCUGUCCUGGUAGCAGAAGUAUCCUUAUUAAAAAUGGACAAUGCAUACAAGAUUCCGAACUUGAGAUGCUGGGCUUAUGCCUGCAAAACAAACUUGCCAUCAAACACAGCGUUCCGAGGAUUUGGCUUUCCCCAGUCAGCACUCGUGACAGAAACGUGGAUAACAGGAGUUGCAGAUAAAACAGGCUUAUCACCAGAAAAGAUUAGGGAAAUAAACAUGUAUAAGGAGAACGAGCAGACACACUUCAAACAAAAGCUUGAUCCACAAAACUUAAUACGGUGUUGGAAUGAAUGUAUGGAGAAAUCUGCAUACUACAGUAGGAAAACAGCUGUCAAUGAAUUUAACAAACAAAAUUACUGGAAGAAAAAGGGGAUUGCCAUUGUACCAAUGAAGUUUCCGUUUGGACUAGGCACACGUUAUCUUUCUCAGGCUGCUGCUCUGGUUCAUAUUUAUACUGAUGGGUCUGUGCUUCUGACACAUGGUGGAAUUGAAAUGGGGCAGGGUAUUCAUACAAAAAUGAUCCAGGUUGCUAGUCGAGAAUUGAACAUCCCCAUGUCAUGUAUUCACUUCUGUGAAACGAGCACAACAACUGUUCCCAAUGCAUGUGCCUCAGCAGGAUCUGCAGGGACAGAUGUCAACGGCAUGGCUGUGAAGGAUGCUUGCCAAACUCUUCUGAAACGCCUGCAGCCUAUCAUCAACAAGAAUCCAAAAGGGACCUGGAAUGACUGGAUUAAAGAAGCUUUUGAACGAAGUGUGAGUCUUUCAGCUACUGGCUACUUUAGAGGUUACAAUGAAAACAUGGAUUGGGAGAAAGGGGAAGGACAGCCAUUCACAUAUUUUCUCUAUGGAGCUGCUUGUUCAGAGGUGGAAAUUAACUGUCUAACAGGAGAUCACAAGAACCUCAGAACAGACAUUGUUAUGGACAUUGGAUACAGCAUAAAUCCAGCUGUGGAUAUAGGACAGAUUGAAGGUGCCUUUGUUCAAGGCAUUGGACUGUACACAAUGGAGGAAUUAAAGUACUCUCCAGAAGGAGUCCUCUAUACUCGGGGUCCAGAUCAGUAUAAGAUCCCUGCUGUUUGUGAUAUUCCAGAACAGUUUAGUGUUUCCCUGCUGUCAUCUUCCCAAAAUCCUUAUGCCAUCUAUGCAUCCAAGGGGAUAGGCGAAGCAGGACUUUUCUUGGGAAGCUCUGUGUUCUUUGCUUUGAGAGAUGCAGUAACUAGUGUGAGGAAUGAAAGAGGACUGAAAAAGACCUUUGCACUGAACAGCCCUCUGACUGCUGAACAAAUACGGGCAAGCUGCGCAGAUGACUUUACUGAGAUGAUGAAAAACAAUGAAUCUGCUUCCUCCACUCCUCGAGCCAUAUCUGUAUGAAUGACAAACCAGAGUGCACAAGACCUGAAUGGAAUGGAACGGAAUGGAAUGGAAAACUGAUUUUCUGCCCCAAAACACACUAAUCAACACACAGAUAAAUGUACUUUCUCAUUUUCAGAAUAGAAUCAGCUACCAAAAAUAUGCAUAUUACAUCUUCUAUCCUUAUCUUCAUUCUCCAUCCAGUAUAUUCAUUACAGUACUUCGCUUAAAUUACUGCAUUUAAUUGCUAGAAAUACAUCUCCUGCAUUUGAAGCGUGUAUCUUCAACAAGCUGCUGAACAGCUCAGCUCAAAUGCUGCAGGAGAAGAAAGUUAGGAUGAAGUAUAAAGGUAUGUUAGAUAACACUGCCACUUAUUGCCCUUAACAACUUCAUAUGAUAAAUGGCUUUUUAAUGGCUUCAGUUAAUUUUCUAAUUUAGAUUUGAGUCUUGCAGUAGAGCAUGAGUGCAGAGAUCUUUGUCUGUUGAAGAAUCAGAACCUUGUUUGUUGGAUUCAGUCCCUUUUUGAUCAGAAGUGAUGCUCUAAUUUGUAGUAAAGCUGCUUUAGAUUCUUUAGGCACAGACAUCUUUGUGUUAAAAACAUGCGAGAAACAAGAGUUAUGAUUUUCUUUUGCUAUGCCAGGCAAAUUGCUAUGGUUGACCUACAUAUAUAGGAGAUGAAUUUUAUCCCAAAUGUUGGAAGAGUCACUUAGUUGCAAUUUCCACUGGAAGCUUUCUUUUUCUCAUGGAGCAAGCCAAAAGCCUCUGAACUUAAUGGGAAAACUCACAUGGAGUUCAGUGUGCUUUGAAUAGGAGACUGGAUGAACCUGUCUCUGGGAAGGAUUCUUAAGCAGUGCUUAAUCCUGUGCUCAGGACUAUAUUGAGCCAUGAAAGUACAGUUAAGAGCUUUCUUCCACUCUUGACCACUCCUGUGCUAAAGAAGUUAGGAAAACCUUAAUGAGAUCAAAAGAUGAUCUGCAAAGAUCAGUCAUCUGAUGCUGCCUAGGGUGCAGUGGGAUUAGACCACACCCAGGUAGCAGCACCUGGAGAAAACAGGAAACUAUAAAGCAGCAGUGUAUUAAAUGGUAACAGAAAUUCUGGUGUUAUUAAGUUUGAAGUAUGUAUAUAUUUGCAACGUAAGAUGAGAGCAAGAAAUUACACAGAAUAUAUCAAAGUUAAUAUAUUAUGAAAGCUCCAGCCAAAAUACUCAGACUUCAGCAUCAGAAUCCACAAUAUUGAACUGACUGAGAACUUCAGCCUUUCCCCCUCUUGAAGUGCAAAACUGAGAUUUCAGUUCUGAACGCACAAACACACAAAUACACAAAUCUCCAUGGUAUUUGAAUUUGGGGCUUUGAUCUGGGAUACAUCCUAACACAGAGAAAACACUUCACUUUUUUAUUGAGUCUACAGAAGUUACCCAAAGUAACACCUGAAAAAUUGCAGCAGGUUCUUUGAUAAGAAAGUAGAACUGGGAAAAGCAGUAGUUUGUACGUUCAAUGUGUGGUUUCAGUGAACCUCUGCAUCAGUUAUUCCUUGCUGAGCGUGGUGAUUGCUCUUCCAGUUACUUACAGGUCAGAUAGUUCCAGAGCCAUGAAGACUGCCAUUUGUAAUGAAAAUAAAUGGCUUUGAUUUGUUUGACAUGUCAGCGUGUAGGCUCGUAUUAUUUCACUGCUCCUCAGUUUUCCACAUACUGUUUUCUCUUCUUGCCUUCCAUCACUUUUAGGAGUUGACACUGUAUCUGUAACAGGAAUCAGGUUAGUAGGUUAAACUGGUUUUGCAUUGGCUAUUAAGAUAUGAAGUCUUUAUUGUUUCAAUUUGUUUGUCUCUCUGUAACCACUAUGAGUAGGUAAAAUUCAACUGCUUAAACAUAGGUGUCUAGACCAUGUUAGAUGUCAUAAGGCAGCAGAGGCAUAGGAGAACACAGGACUGGAAGAUAUGACAUAGCAACUGGAGGCCGAGCAGGUUAUAGCAAAUCAUCUGAAGUGGCACUAGAAGUGUGGUUUAGGCAGCCGAAGGCCCAUUGGUUUUUACUUCUUUUUCUUCACUUUCUUUGUAUUAAAUUGGCUUUUAUAUAUUGUAAGAAAGUCAAUAAAUCAAAUAAAAUCUGAAUGCUGCUGCCAUAA